AACGCAGGCGCGGUCGGGAGAGCGCGGCGCGCAUGCGCCCGGAGAAGCAGGUUGGAUGAGGGGCCACACCCAGGGUUCUGGAGGCGGAAGUAGAGAAGAAAGGCGCCCAACCCUUAGUGCUUCCGUCAGAACAAUGGCUGAAUUCAUGGACUAUACUUCAAGUCAGUGUGGGAAAUACUACUCAUCUAUGCCAGAGGAAGGAGGGGCAACCCACGUCUACCGUUAUCACAGAAGGAAGCCUCCAGAAAUGUACAUGUACUCAGACAUAGGACAUGAUCGAGAAUGGAGAAACAGCAGAGAAGAGACAUCUGUUGGUCCAGGAAUUACCUACCAAACAUCAGAGCAUUCUCAAGAGGCAUCGUGGCCUGCUGAGGACAUCUCUAAGGACCUCUACAUAGAAGUGUAUCUUGGGAUCUAUUCUGUCACUGUGGGCUCAAGCCCUUUAACCAAGAAGACUCAUGUGGUCGAAGUUGACUCGGGGCAAAGUGUGGACUUGGUCUUCCCCGUAUGAAGUUGACCAUCACUGCCAUCAUUUCGCUCUUUUUUAAGUAGCAAGAAGAAUAAAAUCACCUAUUAAUUGUCUUAAUAAUGAUAUAUUGAUGCUGCUUUUAAUGCUGGCUGUCGGGGGGCAACCUUUGUGAACUGGAGUCUGUCUCUUUCAGAGCUCAUUUUACCUUGUGAUUGAUUAUAGAAGUCCCCCAUCCUUGUGUGCCUGAAAACAAUAAUGUAACGGUGCUGUCUGAACAGCUCUUACUACUGGCUUUCCAAAUAAGUGUUAAUUAUGAUAAUAAAGGGAGAGAUUUGGAACUAAAAA